UUGUCAAGUUGUCACUUGUCACAGGUCACAGUUGUCACCGACAGUUAGUAGUGUUAGUUCAGGUUUCAGGUUGACGCUAACUUACACUCGUACUUACGUGCCUUUUAAUUGUGCACUAUAUAUAGCUCAACCCCGAAGUUCGGGGUUCGAACAUACCCAGCGGUUGUCUGCUUCUGCUUGUUGAUUUUUUUUUUCUCCCGCAACGCACAUGUGUAGGUGUAUUUAAACAUAAAAACAAGAUGAAAACUAAUCCUUUAAACGACAUGAGAGUGAAGAAAGUUGGAGACAAGAGCGGUGACAAAGUUAAAAAACCAUUUAACAAGAAAAAAUAUCGGGAGCAAAAAUACAGCCUCAAAUACAAAGUAAAACAAUACGAAGAAAAACGGAACACUGCCAUCAAACGAAGUUUUUAUAAAUCAACUAAAAGUGAAAAAGGAUGUGCACAAUCUAAUCCUGAUCAAGAGUCGAAAAAAGGUUUAUCGAAUCAAAAGCAAGGUUACUCUUGGAAUGAACAGUGGAAAUAUAAAGCAGAGCAGAGGCGACUAGAAAAAGAAGAUAAAAUCAAAGCUAUGAAAGAACGAGAAGAAGCUAUAAAGAAAUAUCAGAAGAAAAGGAUAGAGAUCAAUAAAAAGAUGACUAAAAAAACCAAAUGGGGGCAACCUGCUUUACACACUAGGAUGGAAGUACUGCACGAGAGAUUAGUGGAAAAGUUAAAGAGAAAUGAACUGUAA